GCCCGAGAAGAACGACAUAUUAUUUGUGGUUGUUGUAUAAAUAAACGCGUUGUUUGCGUGUUUGGUCCGGAACGCGUUCUUCAAGUGCCACAAUGAAGAGAGGUGCUGAGAAGCAACUAACAAAGGAUAAUCCCGACGAUGAAGACUCGGAGUAUGGAGGCCAGGUUGGCUUGCAGAAAGCCGAGGAUUCAGUGUUGGCCACUAGAAAAAUAAAGGGACUGCCAAAAAGAUCUACAGGCUCUGUCACCAGCUCUCCGUCUUCAGAGUCUGUCGCGGAUUCUCGGCCGAAUUUCAGUGCUUUUGGAGGAUUUGGAGCAGGCUCCACCAGUUCUUUCCAGUUCACUCCCCCAGCGUCGCCAUUUUCCCCUUCCCCGUCCACUACAGCCAGUCCGUUUGCAAAACCAGCUGUAUCCAGUACGGCUACCAAUGCUGCGAGAACAUUCAGUAGCCUGAUCGCCUCUUCUUUCGAGCCGCAACCUUCCUCUUCCAACCCCACUCCCCUUGCCUCUCAGCCAACUCUGCCCGACUUCUCAGUGUCCAACAGAGAUCCUACUGUCGAAUACUACAAGUCCCUGCGAGGACUGAAUGCCUCUAUACUUACUGCCAUCACGAAGUCUGUAGAAAGGGAUUCAUUUGCGGAUGUCUCUUUCCUCCUGGAACGAUACAAAACAUUCCGGGCUAAUGUACAGAACGAAUACGACGAAAAGUCAAGAAAGGAUAACAGAUCGAGUCUCGCCUCUCUUUCCACUGCAAGUGUGGGCUCGUUCUCCAUGCCUACUCCGCCUUCGUCGUUCUCUGGCUUCGGAGCAAAGCUAGCUGAAUCUUCGACGGUGACCGGCGGUGGGUUUACACCAAAACUAGACAGUGGUAAAUCAUUGUCUUCUCCGUUCUCCUUCCCUUCGGCGAAUGCCUCUUCGAAUCCUUUCUCGUUCCCUCCCGCUGGGUCUUUGGCCACAUCGACCUCAAAACCGACUGAGAGUACCACCAAACACACAGAGUCCAGCACUACCAUGAGCCUCUUUGGCUCAAAACCACCACCGGCUUCGGCUUUUAGUUUUGGUACACCGCCCUCAACCUCUGGAUCCACUACAAAUCUCUUUGGAGCACCACCAUCACCCAGCGUCUUCGGAAUGCCUUCAAAUAACAAUCCUUCAACAAGUUCCACUUCUGGAACUGCCCCAAAAUUUGGUGGAUUCGGAGGCUUUGGUAUAGCUGGGAAGAGCAGUCCAUCUGCGGGCAGUAUAGGAAACCCGGUUGGAUUCGGGUUCGGAAGUCCUUCGAAAUCUGGAAGCUCAUCCAGCUUUUCUUUUGCAAAUCCACCACCAAGCUCGGUUAAGACUGAGGAAGAGACAGUGAAGACGGAGGCGGACGAGAACAGCGGUAGCCAAGCUACUCAACCAGAUAGUAAUGCAGAUGAUACUGGUCCCAAGCCACUAUUUGGCGUCAAUCCUCACGAUGAGGAGGGUGAAGGGGAGGAAAACGAAGAGACCAUUCAUUCUAUUCGCUCGAAGGCGUUCCGAAUGAAGAAAGCAGACGAAGGAACUUCUGGGUGGGCCGAUAUGGGUACCGGUGUACUACGAGUUAAAAAGAAUAAGUCGACCGGACAACGGCGGCUCCUUUUACGGAAUAGUAAUACUGGGAAGAUUAUCAUCAACUUCAACAUAUAUAAAGGUCUUCAGCCUACUGUCAACAAGAAAGCGCUCAUGUUUGUCGGACACGAAGGUGGCGCCUCGCAGACGUACAACCUUCGCACGAAAACGGAGGAUCAAGCGCUCGAGCUAAAGGAAGUACUAGACCGCGAAAUUGCUUUCGUCAAAGCAAAACAGGACAGUUGAUCUCUGAUGAUUAUUGCGGGGUAAAAUACACAGCGAAACCUUGUAUUAUACACUCUUG